AUGCGUGUACGUGAUACAGUUAAUGCAACGCACGUGUAUAUGAUGUAUGUGCGUUACGCGAUUGAUGUGACGUACGUUCAUCGUUUACGUGACGUGGUGCUCGCGAUGCGUGUCGCACAACACGUGUGUGAUGCGCGCGUACGUAAAGCAUGUGCGCUAAGUACAUGUGGCGUGCUUAUACAUGAUACACAUGCGCAUGACGGCGUAUUGGCUGUAUGUUUAUGUGAUGUGAGUGUACUUGACGUACGUUUAUGUCAGAUUUUGUGCUGCGCUUGUGUACGUCGCGUACAUGUAUGCUGA